UGGUGCGUCGAAGAAUUUCCAUGCUCUAUAUCAAAAUUUUCUUGUCUGCAUAUUCUAAUUAAACAAUCACUUAAUUAUUCAACUCCUCUCUCUCUCUCUCUCUCAUGUAUACAUAAAUGAAGAAGAUGUUGGGAUGGGAUUUUCAGAAAGCCUCUGUGCUGGUUGGUUUCUGGAAACCAGUGAAAAACAGGCCUAAGCUAGCGUCGAGUCUCCUACUUUUCUUCGUCUUCGUUUCUUUGAUAGUUUUUGCCGGCUGGAUUGACCUUGUAAGUCUUCUCUGAUCUUCUCUCACAGCUACACAUAUACUGCGUUUGCGUGUGGAAUUAAGUGUUUCUAUAGAUUUUUGUAUUGCGAUGCUCCACGAACAUUGGGCGAUUGCAUAUAUAAACUGCAAUGAAUAUGAAUUUUGUAAACGUUACUGUUUCUAAUGCAGAAUUCAUCGUGAAAUUUUGUCGAUAUACGUAUGUAUGUGAAUGUUUGAAAAUCUAGAGUGAAUACAACAACUUCUCCAUAUCAAGGAUGGCGUCGAAUUUUGGGUGAUAUUAGAGGAAUUUAUGUUUUUGAUAAGCUUGUAUUAGCUAGGUGAAAUUAACGAUUAAUGGCAUGAUGAAUUUUGGAAAAGGAAGAUUUGAGAAAUCCUUGUUAUAUUACUAGUAUUUUUCUUAAGCGAUAUUAAUUAUAUCAGCUGUUUGAGUUUUUUGCUUGUUCAGCUGUUUUAGAGAAAUUUUGUUGGUUCAAUUUCACUGUUAAAUUUUGAUUUAUAUAGUCUUCAACGAUUUAACUUUUUACGAAAUUAUAUUAUCAACUAAUUUUUGAGUUUUUUCGCAGCGAUUUAAGAGAGGAAGUAAUCGUAAUUAUUUUUUUUACCUAAAUAAUUUCUAAAAUAACAGAUUCGAAUUUUGUUGCAGGGUAGAUAUUCAAAAUAUUACUACUCCCAAAUUUGCAGCAAAAAACCCGCAAAAGCUCUCGAAUUCCCUCUCGACUGCAGCUCGUGGAACCAAACCAAAACAUGCCCGAAAAGCUACCCGAAGUCGCAGCCCUGCCCGAAGCCGUCGCCCGGAUUCUGCCCCGAAUACUUCCGAUGGAUCCACGAAGACUUGCGCCACUGGAGGGAAACGGGAAUCACGGAGGCCAUGGUGGAGAAGGCGCGGCGGACGGCGCAUUUCCGGCUGACGAUUUUGGGCGGGAAAAUGUACGUGGAGAAAUUCCGGCCGUCUAUUCAGACGCGCGAUUUGUUCACGAUGUGGGGAUUCGUGCAGCUGAUGAGAUUGUACCCAGGUCUAUUGCCGGAUUUGGAGCUGAUGUUCGACUGCGAUGAUCGCCCCGUCGUGCCGGCGGCGGAGAUCGGGCGGGAACCGCCGCCGCUGUUCCGCUAUUGCUCGGAUUCGCGGAGCUUGGACAUCGUGUUCCCUGAUUGGUCGUUUUGGGGCUGGGCAGAGACAAACAUAAGGCCAUGGAGAAGUAUGCUGAAGAACAUAAAAGAAGGGAAUAAGAAGACGAAAUGGGAGGACAGAGUGCCCUACGCCUACUGGAAGGGGAAUCCGAGUGUUUGCCCUUGGAGGGGUGACCUUAUGAAGUGCAAUGCCACUGAUCAAAAUGACUGGAACGCGCGCCUCUAUGUUCAAAACUGGGAAGCAGAGUCCAGAGAGGGAUUUCAGCACUCCAAUAUAGAAGACCAGUGCACACACAGGUAUAAGAUUUACAUAGAAGGAUGGGCGUGGUCUGUGAGUGAAAAGUACAUAUUAGCCUGCGACUCGCCUACCUUGCUAAUGACCCUGCGCUGGCAUGAUUUCUUCGUACGGGGCAUGAUCCCUCAACAACAUUACUGGCCAGUGAAAGAGAAUGACAAAUGCAGGUCACUGAAAUUUGCUGUUGAAUGGGGCAACAAUCACACUGCAAAGGCAAAGGCGAUUGGCGAAGGAGGGAGCCGGUUUAUCCACGAGGAUCUGAAGAUGGAGUAUGUGUAUGACUACAUAUUCCAUCUGCUAAAUGAGUACGCGAAGCUGUUCAAGUACAAGCCGAAGAUCCCUCCAAACGCAGUGGAAGUGUGCUCGGAGUCAUUGGCGUGCUCAGCAGAUGGGAACUGGAGAAAGUUCAUGGAAGAAUCCAUGGAGAAAUCAGCUAGUGAUGCAGCUCCAUGCACAAUGCCUCCACCUUAUGAGGAUCAUCAGUUGAAGGCUUUCGUCGAUGAACAGGCCAAGGCAACAAAACAAGUUGAAGCAUGGCAAGAAGAGUAUUGGGCCAACCACAAGAAGCUCUCUUCAAGAUGAGUGUUUCCAUAGCAUCAGUAUUUCUUAACCUAAUUUGAAGAUAAUACCCAUCAUGAUUGAGUCUCGAUGAGAGGAUUGCUUCUUCAUGUAAAAAUUAAUUAGAUUGCAGAUUCUUUUAUUCAACUCUCUAGUCUUGCUUUGUGAAAAUGUUUCUCUCGGAUCUAAUUAUUUGAGGUAUGAGUUUUGUCUACAAA